AUGGCCUCAAACAGUAGGUCAAACUUUAUAUUCAACAAUGUCAGGUGGUUUAUGGCUGCACUCCACCAACAUUUGUUAGAAAAGAAUGGCUCAAUCCAAGAGGGGGGUGAAUUGGAAGAGGACAUCGACAACAGAAUGGUGAACUAUUUUGUAGAAGAGAUCAAAAGGAAAAACAAAGUGGACAUUAGUGGCAAUCCUAGGGCUCUAAGGAGGUUGAGAACUGCAUGUGAGAGGGCAAAAAGGACACUCUCUUGUGUUGUUACCACCAAAGUUGAUGUUGAUGCUAUAUUUCAAGGCAUAGACUUCAACUCUUCAAUCAAUCGUGCAAGGUUUGAGGAAAUUAAUAUGGAGCUGUUUGAAGAGUGCAUUGAGACAGUAGAGAAGUGUCUUACUGAUGCUAAGAUGGACAAAAGCAGUGUGCAUGAUGUUGUCCUUGUUGGUGGCUCUUCUAGAAUUCCCAAAGUGCAGCAGUUAUUGCAGGCUUUCUUCAAUGGUAAAGAUUUGUGCAAGAGUAUUAACCCUGAUGAGGCUGUUGCUUAUGGCGCAGCUAUGCCAAGAGGUUGA